AUGUCGGUCGCCUCUAAGAACCUUUUCGCCAUUCUCGGCAAUGACGAGGAGCCUCCUAUCCCUCCUCCCGUCAAGACUGUUGAAAAGACAUCGACACACACUGCCAAGCGCAACACCGAUGGCGUAGCUCCCUCCAAGGGCCCUGCCCCCGCUGGUGGCAACCGCCGCAACGCCGCUACUGGCAACGAGGCUGCUUUCCGGGACCGUAACGCCGGCCGCGAUUCCAACCGCGGUAAGCCCACCGAUGAGGUCCGUGGCGGACGUCGUGGUGGCUUCCGUGGCAAGCGCCCCGAGGGUGAUCGUCACCCCCACAAGGCCGCUCCUCAUGGUGGCUCCGCUAAGACCGCUGAGCAGGCUUGGGGCGGUGAGGAUGGUGAGAAGGCCCUCAACGACGAGAAGGCUGGCGAGGCCGAUGCCACCGUCGAGAAGAAGGAGGAUGAGGCCGCUGCCCCCGCUGAGGAGCAGGAGCCCGAGCCCGUCGUGAAGACCCUCGAGGACUACUACAAGGAGAAGCCCAAGUUCGAGGCUCUCAAGCCCCGUGAGGUCAAGGCCGAGAAGCCCGAGGGCAUGGUCGUCGCCAAGAAGACCGACGAGGACUACGUCGCCGCCAGCGGUGGCAAGAAGGAGCGCACUCGUGAGCGCAAGCAGAAGCAGUUCGUCGAGAUUGAGAACCGCUAUGUCGAACCCGAGCGCACCGGUGGCCGUGGCGGCCGUGGUGGUGCCCGUGAUGGCGCUCCCCGUGGCGGUGCUCGCGGUGGUCGUGGUGAUGGUCCCCGUGGUGGUGCCCGUGGCCGUGGUGGCCCCCGUGGCGGCGCUGCUCCCCGCGGUGCUCCUCGUGGCGGUGCCUCUCAGGCUGCUCCCGUUUCCAUUAACGAUGAGAACGCUUUCCCCAGCCUCGGCGGCAACUAAAAUGCUUCCUCAUCUCGGAAAUCAUCUAUCCUUGAUGUUAAGAUCAGACACGUCGGUUUUGAUCUUAUGACUCCAUUUUCUCUGGUCCGCACUACGAAAUACAUCACCACAUAACGGCAAUCUGGACGGGGCGGUUACUCAACUGAAUGGGAAAAGGGGGUGGGGCACUGUUUGAUGGCGGUUUUUGUAGGCUUUGGUUGCGUUUGAUGUUUUUCUUUCGGCGCAACCGGGUCCCCUCCAGGUUGCGGAAAGAGAAAAAAAAGGGCUAGCAAAAGUGUCUAAAACGAUUUUAUUUUCCC